UUCGGGAGAGCCAAAAGUGCCCUUUGCCCUCAGAUGAAGCUUGACUUUAAACCAUCUACAGCUAGCUGACCCACACAGCUACUUAACUCGAUCUUAACGAGGGUCUUUUGAGCUGGUCUGUAAUCUUCAUUACUAUUUCAUUUUUUGGUUUUUGUGCUCCUUUUCCCCCAGAAGUAUAUUAAAGGCAACAUGUCCCAAAAAAUCAAUGGAGGUUCUGUGGUGGAAAUGCAAGGAGAUGAGAUGACUCGAGUCAUUUGGGACCUGAUUAAGCAAAAACUAAUUUUCCCAUAUGUGAAUUUGGAUCUGCACAGCUAUGAUUUAGGGAUAGAGCAUCGUGAUGAAACAGAUGACCAGGUCACCAUUGAUGCUGCAGAAGCUAUUAAGAAAUAUAAUGUGGGUAUCAAGUGUGCUACCAUCACCCCUGAUGAGAAGAGAGUUGAAGAAUUCAAAUUGAAGCAAAUGUGGAAAUCACCCAAUGGAACCAUCCGAAAUAUCCUGGGUGGUACCGUUUUCAGGGAAGCCAUCAUCUGCAAAAACAUCCCCCGACUUGUGAAUGGGUGGGUCAAACCAAUCGUUAUAGGCCGUCAUGCUUAUGGGGAUCAAUACAGAGCAACUGACUUUGUAGUCCCUGGGCCUGGAAAAGUGGAGAUAAGCUAUACACCUCGUGAUGGGAGCAAAACAGUGACUUACUUGAUCCAUAAUUUUGAAGAUUGUGGUGGUGUUGCUAUGGGAAUGUACAAUCUUGACCAGUCAAUCAUGGAUUUUGCACACAGUUCUUUCCAAAUGGCGCUGACUAAAGGCUGGCCUCUGUAUAUGAGUACAAAAAACACUAUUCUGAAGAAAUACGAUGGACGUUUUAAAGACAUCUUUCAGAAAAUAUAUGACACGCACUACAAAUCCAAAUUUGAAGCCAAGAAGAUCUGGUAUGAACACAGACUCAUUGAUGACAUGGUAGCCCAAGCUUUGAAAUCAGAGGGAGGCUUUGUCUGGGCCUGUAAGAACUAUGAUGGUGAUGUGCAGUCUGACUCCAUUGCACAAGGCUAUGGAUCUCUGGGAAUGAUGACUAGCGUGCUAAUCUGCCCAGAUGGCAAGACAGUGGAGGCAGAGGCUGCCCAUGGAACAGUAACUCGUCACUACCGCAUGUACCAGAAAGGGCAAGAGACUUCCACCAAUCCCAUUGCCUCCAUUUUUGCCUGGACCAGAGGGUUAGCUCACCGUGCUAAGCUGGAUGACAAUAAGGAGCUGGGUACAUUUGCAACAAUUUUGGAAGAAGUUUGUAUUGAGACCAUUGAAUCUGGCUUCAUGACCAAGGAUUUAGCUGCCUGUAUUAAAGGUUUACCCAAUGUGCAGCGAUCUGACUACCUGAAUACUUUUGAGUUCAUGGACAAACUUGCAGAAAACUUGAAGGCCAAACUAGCACAAGCUAAACUUUAAUAACACAUGUCUGCUUAACAAAGGGGCUUCCCAUUGGGGUAACUAGUUUCUUUGGUUUACAAUUUUUUCUGUAUGACACUCAAUGUUUAAAGAAAAUCAAUUUUGUAAUUUCUCUAGACAAGUUAUCUUUUCUAUGAGUUUACAAUCUUUUUUAUAAUGUGGUUACUGUAGUUACUUCCAGUUUACCUGCCACAUUUAAUGUGACUGGAGAACUUUUUUAUAUAUACAAGAGCCAAGGAAUUACUUUCUAACUGAUUUUUUCUGGUUGUUUUUAUUCUCACUGUCAUUUUUCCUUGUACCCAGAAGUAGAUGACCAAAAUCAAGAACAUUAAGUACGAAAGGAGAAACGGUAGCCAUGGUACUGUGUUGUAAGAUCAGUAUAAAUAAGACCUAAUGUUCCGUCCUUCCUGGCCUUACUUGUGGACCAGGUCACUGGAUGGUUCGGGUGUUAGCAGAUAUUGCAUCAUGUGAAAAUAAACUUGACAAAAGUGGAUUUCUGUGUGAAUCAGGAGUUAAAGCAUGACUGUAAGGAAGCCAUGUUAAGGCUUCUUUGGCAGUUACAAAGAGCUUUUUGUUGAAUUUUAGAGAUGGAAACUUUUUUUAACAGUGCCCACAUGAGUUAGGAUUUUUGAACAAUGGUGACAUGCAGAUUGUCCUCCUUUCCUUAUGUGGUGCAAUAAGGAUUAUGCUAUCCAAAAUGGCAUAUUUCACCCAGGUGCAAUAAAACAAGCUGCUUUUUUGGACCCCUACAAGCCUGUUUAUUUCUUUUGUGUAACUGUAAUGUUUUAGAAUUUUUGUUAAACACUAGUCUGCACCCUGGUCUUUGUCUGAACUGUAAUGUAAUUGGAAUUAAAAUUAAAUUCUAAUAA